AUUAAAUGAUUCAAAUGUAAUUUUUGAAUUGGAUUUAUUUUGAGCUCGAACUAAAAUCUCGUAAACACGGGAAAAUCAAGCUCGAAGUUGAGCCAAGCGUUACUAGGCUAAUUGGCUAAACCUCGGCUUUGCUAUGUUACCCUCCUGGACAAGGAGCCAAUUCUCUAUAAGUUUGUAUGAGGAAAGCUAAUCGACAAAAGGAAACUUAAAACCUUCAGUUCCUGAGAUCCUCUCGGUGUUAUAAACCCUAACUUGGCGUUCCUUCAAGGUGAGCUGUCGUUUUGAUGCUAUACGUAGAAUUUUAUGCUUUUACAACCGCUAAUUUAUUAACAAUUUUGAUGGCAUUUAACCAAUUCUUUAUGGGAAUUGAAGUAUAACCGAUCUUGGUGCCGCGCUGAUAUUCAUUUCUCGUCGAAGAGUUUCUCGCAGGGUUGGGUUUUAAGAGAGUUUCAAACGUAAUAUCCCAUGGAAGGAGGAGGAGGAGGAGGAGGGGGUGAUGCUGCCUCUGCUAUGGCGCCUGUUGCUAAGUGGAAAAAUGAUUUCUCAAGGAUGUUUCAGUACUAUUUGGAUCGGUCAACUCCGCAUCCAAGGCAGAGAUGGCUUGGAACUCUUACUGCCGCAGCGAUUUAUGUGUUGCGCGUUUAUUAUAUUCAAGGGUUUUACGUUGUGACCUAUGGAUUAGGAAUCUAUCUACUGAAUUUGUUGAUUGGAUUUCUGUCACCGAAGAUUGAUCCAGAGUUUGAAGCCUUGGAUGGAGCUUCAUUGCCUACUAAAGGGUCAGAUGAGUUUAGGCCUUUUAUUCGCCGGCUUCCUGAGUUCAAGUUCUGGUAUGCCAUCACAAAGGCUUUCUGCAUAGCUUUCCUUAUGACCUUCUUUUAUAUAUUUGAUGUACCUGUCUUUUGGCCCAUACUGCUCUGUUACUGGAUUGUUCUGUUUGUCCUCACCAUGAAGCGCCAAAUCAUGCACAUGAUUAAAUAUAAAUAUGUUCCAUUCAGCUUUGGGAAGCAGAGUUAUACUGGGAAAAAGCCUGCGGCUAGUAGCAGUGGUCUGUCAAGGGACUGAGCCUUGUUCUAUCUCUUGACAAUUGGAGGAAAAUGUGAAACGUGCAACCACCUUAUUCAUGCACCUCUACUUUUUUUCUUACUGAAUUCAUUGAUGGAACAAAUUUCAUGCUAAAUACCAGUGCAAAAGUUCAUAUAUGUGGUGAAGAUCCCAUCUGUUUUGUAUUUAGAAUGACAUAGGGAUCUUUCCUUUUUCAUGGGGUCUCGCUUGCUUACACCUUUUUUUCCCCUGAAAAUUAUAAAUCUUCAAUAGUAUUUUGUUGAUUAAUGAAAGAGAUUAGGAUGAUGAUUAGUAUCAAUAUAAAUCUUCGGUAGUAUUUUACAGAAA